AGACAGCUGCUGUCUGCUCUGCUUGCUGGAGGAGCAGUGCUUCCAGCUGAGGUCAACGGCAGCCUUUUGGAGCUGUUUCCUGCUACUGCUGACAGCACGCCUUCUGCUCCGAGCGCAGUAAGUGGGCAAAGCGUUUGCGAAGUGGCUGGUCUCGAUCCACCUCCUGCUGGGUAGGCAGAGAUGUCAGGAGCCACUGUGACACCUCCAUGGCAUUGGGCACAGAGACUGCCUGCCUGCAAGGAGAGGAGCCUCUGCUCAGGCACCACCCAGCUCAGGAGCCGUCACCGACCUUCCUCAGAGGAAGGACUCGCCGCCUCUUCCUUGGCACAGCUUACAUGUCCCAGCCUGUAGGAUUAAGGAAACGCAACUUCCUCCUUAGAGAGCUUUGAGAGCUGUGGUUGGAAAGUGAAAUACUCAACAUAAUUGCUGAGGAUUGUGAAUCAUAGUUCAUUUUUGUUUCAGAUGAAUGCCCGAGAUGGCUGUUUUCUGGAGCUGAGUUCAGGCGGCAGUCUGUGACUGCCUGAGCUGACAAUGUGGUAGGAUCCUUUGGCACAGAAGCGGUUCUCAGUUGGAGGUGAUCCAGUUCAGCUGCAACUUCUGCCUCUCAUCGAGCUCUGGGAAUUCUCUUCCGCUGCCGAUAUUUUGUCUUUCAUUCUCUUCUGGCAUCAAUGCCUUUCCCACAGAUCUGCUGCUUGCUGCAAUAGGAUGUUCAGUUGGAUGGGGGCCAUUACAACUGCGUAGAAAACAAACAAGAAAGCAGCCACUCUCACUUCUUUACCCCACUGGUACGGGAGUUUAGAGAGGAAUAUUUAACCUCAUCUUGUAGAGCUUUACGACCUUCUGUGCACGCUUAUUUUGGAAAGCAAAUGCCGGCAUUCUGCAGAGACAGCUUCCCAUUGGUGCUGAUUAUGGCUGCGAUUUAUCAAGCAGCGUAUAGAAGAGCUGCUCUCUUUUGCAGGUCACACUCUACCUAUGUUAAAAAAAUGAGAUACUUGAAUAAGCUAAAGGAAGAUGACAGCUUGUGUAGACAAGCCCAGACCUCGGGAACAUUCUACCUCUUUCACAAUCUCUCACCUUUCCUGCGGAAAGUCGAGGAGAAAUAUUUGAUACCACAGCUCAGUGCAGCAGAAAUGAAAAGGAUCCUGGAGAAAUUCAAAGAGACUGAACAGUGGAUAGAGAAGUCGGUGCUGAUCGGUUGUUCAGAUGAGCACGUACCACACUUUGCCCUGGAUUUAGCAGGAGCCUUGGAAAGAUCAGUCAUUGAGGCUGAGCUCAAGGGAUCGUUCACUGACUUACGAAAGGCUCUCUUUGUAGUGGAUGAGGAUUCUUCUUCCUUGCUGGCCUCGGCCCAGGCCCUUCUCCGGUGGCACGAUUCCCACCAGUACUGUAGCAAAACCGGGCAGCCGACUCAGAAGAAUGUAGCUGGCAGCAAGCGCGUGUGUCACGCCAGCGGAAUAACUUAUUACCCACAGAUGUCUCCAGUAGUUAUCAUCUUGGUGUCUGAUGGCAGCCGCUGCCUCCUUGCACGACAGCCCUCGUUUCCUCAGGGGAUGUACACCGCUCUGUCUGGCUUCUGCGACAUAGGUGAAGCUGUGGAGGAGACAGCCCGACGAGAGGUGGCAGAAGAGGUGGGCCUGGAGGUGGAGUCACUCUGGUACUCAGCAUCCCAGCACUGGCCCUUCCCCAGCAGCUGCUUAAUGAUAGCUUGUCAUGCAUUGGUGAGGGGACAGCAGUUGGAGGCACAGAGACACCAAAUAGCAGGCAACACCACCAAAGCUGCAUUUGCACAGCUCAAGCUGCACCUUCUCCCCAGGGACCAGAAAGGAGCUGAACUCACACUGACAGCAUUGCUGGCCUGUGAGCUGCUGACUUCUAAGCUGAACUGCAUGCCUCCUGCUAACAGUGAUUAGUUAGAGGUGCUCUUUCUUCAGUUCCCCUCUACUCCAUAGAGCUGAUUGAUGAAAAGAGUGGCAGCUGCCAAAAUGGCCAGGUGUUCCAGGGAGUCUGAACAAGUUCAAGAUCUCCACCACCUCAUGGGAUUCAUUUCCAUCUGGUAUACAGAAGAGGAAGGACCUGUUGUCUUCUUUCUUGCGGCAUACCAGUCAACAACCACUCCAUUCAGAACCCAGGCUCCAGGAAUUAAGCCACAAACAAAGAAACUGCAUUUCUGGGAAGGGUCAGAAGUCCUGGGAUAAGCAAAGCUGUACAAACAUCAGAUGCUCAAGUGAGCAAAGUGAAUAGAGUUAGUUGGAAUGAAGUACUGGUUCAUAAUAUAAUGGAAACUUUAAUGGCAAGCCGUUGAAAGGGAAACACGCUGUACUUGUCUUCCCUAAUUGAUUCCAUCAGGAUUCCUUCACUGAAACUAUUCUUUCAAAAUUAAAAGCAGAAACACCUCGUGUGCUACUUCAAAGCAGGGCAAGAGGCAGCAUGCAAGUGCUGAUUCCUAGAUGGCAAAUCCUCCACUGAGUAGAUCCAUAGUACUGAAGGUCUCUGCUGUGAAGCUGCUAAACAAAUGGAAGGAGUUGGAGUAAAUGCCACCUGACAGAAAUAACAGUUUGGUUGACUGAAGUCAUUACCCAAGAAACAAGAUCAGCUGGAGUGCCUCCAGAAGAGCUGCUUUGUUCUGAACUUGCUCAGGUUUUUUGUUUUUCGUUUUCGGAUAACACUUUUAAAGAGUCCUCUGAUAUUGUUGACUUGUGCAGUACAGGCCACAGGCAAUCCAAACUCACAAAUCCAAAUGCAUUUUGAAAGUAUUUAUCUAACAACUCAGUGGAAAAUGUUAGGUAGCCUCCACAUUCCACAUUUCCAGUGUUGAAGAAGGUCUGUUUUCCAGUAUUAACUGCUGGUUAUCCUUGCCUGCUAGAUCCAAGAACUGUUUCUUGGUUUCUGGAUUCCAGCAUAGGUUUGUCUAACCCCCGUAUCACCUUACUCUGCAAUCCAAAAUUCUUCAAACUCCAGCUGCAUCACUGUAGCCCCUCAUUCUUACACAACAUCAAAUACCAAAUGCAGAGACAGCACAGCCACUGCACUCCUUGUUCAUGCUCAUUUCAUUCAGGUAUACAGACUCCAUGGUUUUGAUUUGUACUGGAACAUUUUACAAGACAUUCCUUGUUUACAAAACAAAAAAAGCCUAACCCAAGAAACAGUAGAAAAACACAACUAAACCCAACAAAUAGAAAAAACUGCAAAAACCACCAUAGUACAGAUCAGUUGAAAAGUCAGCAAGCAAGCACUCAAUGUAAAUUGUGACAGGCUCUUGAAUUUCAGUGGACUGAUGGCAAUGUGUCACUUCCAAAGAUUUUUUUCUGUGCUUUGUUGCAAACUUCGUUGGCACAGCAGUUAGAUGAUGAUACCUGCCAUCAUGUUUUUCUGAGUACAUUCCAAAAAAGCUCACCAGCAGCAAAAGCUCACCAUUGAGCUUCUCUUCUGCCUGCUCAGACACUUGACUAAUUGUGCGGAAUUGCUCUCUACAAAUCAAGAAUUACUAUGUAUUUUCUUUAAUAGUUACCUGGUUAAAAAUAAGUCUUCAUAUCCAGAAUAGAUUAUUCACUCCAUGUGAAAGCAACUCCAGGUUAUAUUUUUCCUGAACAGCAAAACUAAGCUGUUCAGCCUGAGCUCAUACACAGCUACUGCUGGCACACCACCAAUGCUCAGUCAUAAUGGAAUCCAGAAAAGGCCCUGUAGUGAAAACGCUUCAACUCCAACAACUUCCAAUACUUCCCUACAGAAGUCAUGCAUACCUUCAAAGAAAAAAGCAGCUCCAGCCAUCAAGUUGUACUUUUAUUUUAAAUAAACUCAGUAUUAUA